AUGAAGGUCGAAUUAGUCGUAUUCAUAUUACUACUUGCAUAUUCAGUGGCUUCUGAAAGCUAUCCCAGAAGCUACUUCAAGAGAGGGCAUCCGUGGAAGGAUGACGUUGUGAGACGACAUGCAAGAUCAGCUAGCAAGGAUUUGAACCUGAAAACGGAAAGCGAUUCGGAUCAUGGGAAUGACCAACUUUCUCCAACGCGACAAAGACGUAGCGCUACAGAAAAGAAGCAGAGAAACGUGAAAUUCACGAUAAUGUAUUUAUUUACUUUGAUGGCAAACAACCGAAAGAAAGAUACAGAAAAAUGGCUGGGCGGCGUGCUGCCAGCGUUCAAUGGAGAGCAGGGGCAAACAAGAUCAAAGAUAGCUUCCGCAACCACGACCACCAGCACCACAACAGUACCUCCAACAACCCCUCCGAAUAAAGAUUCGCCAACAUGCUUUGCUGGACAUGCAGCAUAUGUAGCGCAAGAAGAAGGCGGAUGUCCAUCAGCUAGCGAAUUCGUUUCCUCUGUGUGUCGCCCAUUCCAGGAUUGCAUGGGAGACAAACGAACGUCAUACUGGAUGUGUAAGCCAAUGUUAGUCGAUCUGUUCAGAGCUUAA